GUUCUCGCGACACAGCAGUUCGGUGACAGCAGCGCAGGCGGGCAAGGUGCGACGCUCGCGGAGCGCUCGUCUAGGACCACUCCAGCCGUGGGCAGCUCAGAGAGAGAGAGAGCGCACACGACUGCGACAGCCGCGGGUAAACGGCGGCGCAACGCGUUCGUGGGAGCGGCAGCGCCCUCCACGUCACGCUUCCAACACCGCCUCCAGCUGCAAGCCCAAGGAGAGCCUCAGCGGCCUGCCUCGCCAACAGCACCUCGCUUCAGCACACAGCAGCUCGCGAUGGCGUCGACGAGCGCAAGCACGCCGCGCAGCACGCCGCUCGCCUCGCGCGCCGCCUCGCGCUCGGCCUCGCCGCGCCGGCAUGCCAGCCUCGCUGCGGCCGGCCCAUCGUCUGCCGUGCCGGACCAGGACGAGCUGUUCGGCGCACGGCCCAGCGGGCAGCCGCAGCCGCACGACGAGGCGUCCACCUUCACUCUGUCUCUGCCGCAGAUCGUCGAGCCUGCCGAGGCUGAGGCCACGCCUAGCGCCGGGCCGGGCGGCAUCCUCGUCAUCAGCGGCGGCAGCGGCUUCAACAGCUGUGUCGGCGCCACGCCCGGCGCCACGUUUGCCAUGCCCAUCUCCGACGACGGCGGCAGCAGCAGCGAGAUCAUCCGUGUGCUCGGCGGGCCGUCGCUCGGCGACCUGCGCUCGCGGCUGGUGCGUCUGAUCCCGCUCUCCACAAAUCCGCCUCUCUCGGCAGGUACGCCGCCCACUCCGCCAUCCAACGACGCACUGCAUGCGCUGCUCUCCUAUCGACUGCCAAGCACCGGAUCGUCGCGCGACAUCAAGCUCGAGUGGCUCAGCCUCGUCGAGGGGCGGCACGCGCUGUGGCACGGCAUCGAGCCGGAGCGCAAGGAGUGCGUGCGCGGCUUCCUCGUGCUCUUCCAGAGCGAGAUCUUGCGGAGAGCCAAUAGGAACUUCAAUCUGCGCGGUGGCUCGAUCGGCAACUUCUUCCUCAGCGCUGCGCAGAAGUUCUUUAGGAGCAUCCAGACUGCCAUCUUUCUCUUCUCGGCCACAACGCAGAUGCAGGCACGCAGCGCCGGCCGCGUGCUGCCUGUCAUCAACACGAACCACACGGCCACGAUCGCCGCCGAGCUCGAAAGCGGAGAGGUCAUCGUCGGCCAGUGCGAGAUCUCGCAUCCGGCACGGCCACGCACGCAGCGAGCGCUGCCCGACAGCGUGCUCUCGACGCACGCACCCGGCACGCCAUCUUCAGCCAUCUUCGAUCCUUUCUGGACGAUGACCAACGCCUGGACGCAGCCUGCCGUCGGGCAUCAGGGCGACGGCCUGGCGCCGCAGUCGGACGAUGAGGGUGAACAGGAGGAAGACGAGCCUUCUACUGGCCUGGGCAAUCUGGCGUUCAGGGACGUCGAGGAGCAGGCACAGCUGCCGAGUCCGAUAAGCCGCAUCUUCUACGUGAAUGCAUAUCGCCAGGAGGUGCGGCCCACGCCGUCGCCUGAGUUCAUCUCUCAACUGCACCAGUGCAGCACGCUGAUCUACUCGUGUGGCUCGCUAUGGACGAGCAUCAUGCCUUGCCUGUCGAUGCGGGGCGUCGGCGGCGCCAUUGCCCGCUCACACUCGCUGCGACACAAGGUCCUGCUGCUCAACACCUCGCACGACCGCGAGACGGAUGGCCUGGAUGCCAUCGACUUCCUCAAGUGAGACAGAGAGCGUGCGGAUGCAGAGUGACGGAAGCGUCUGUCGCUGAUGAUACCCGCGGCAGUGCCAUCACCCGCUCGCUCAAUCGUGCCGAUGCUGGUCUGCCGGCGCACAGCGUCUCUGACUACGUGACGCACGUCGUCUUCUUCGCCGCGGGCUCGGUCGUC